GGCUUCCUGACGCAUGCUUGGCGCAGGCAGGAGGCGGAGCCAGAGGGGGCGGGGCAGAGAGGCGCAGACGCAGUGAGCCCUUGGACCUUGCGCGCGGCCCGGUCUCCAUGGCAACGCCGCGCGGCGGCGCCUGAGGCGGUCUCGGAGAGCCUUGAAGGAGGAGCCGGAGGCGGCCUCAGCCUCAGCAUGGAUGCACUGUGGGGCGCUGCCCCGCGCCCGUCGCUACCAGGCCUGGACCCCUCAGAGAGCCCAGGCUCCACCCCCACUGACACCUGCCGAACUAGCCGCCCACCUCUGCCCUGGGCGCGCUUCUCCUCCUGGCUCGAGUGUGUGUGCGUGGUGGCCUUCGACUUGGAGCUGGGCCAGGCCCUGGAGCUGGUGUACCCCUAUGAUUCGAGGCUGACGGAGAAGGAGAAAACCAGCAUCUGCUACUUGUCUUUUCCUGACUCCUACUCAGGCUGCCUUGGGGAUACCCAGUUUAGCUUCCGUUUUCGUCAGUCUGGGGGACAGAGGAGCCCACACUCUAUCGAUGAUGAUGAUGGUUAUAACAAAGGGGCCCCUGUGACCCUGCAGAGAGAGGCUGCCCACUUCUUUGGCUACGUGUACUUCAGACAGGUGAAGGACAAUGCUGUGAAGAGAGGCUACUUCCAGAAGUCAUUGGUGCUAGUGUCCCGCCUGCCCUAUGUGAACUUGUUCCAGUCCCUGCUGAACCUUAUUGCACCCGAGUACUUUGAGAAGUUGGUUCCAUGUUUGGAAGCAGUGUGCAACGAGAUUGACCAGUGGCCGCCCCCAGUGCCAGGACAGACUCUGAAUCUGCCUGUGAUGGGAGUCGUCAUGCAGGUACGGAUCCCAUCCCGUGUGGACAAGUUAGAGGCAAGUCCCGGAAAGCAGUUUCACCAGGAGAACCUGCUGCCUGCCCCGUUGGUUCUCUCCAGUGUUAACGAGCUGGAUCUUUUCAGGUGUUUCCAGCCUGUGCUGAUUCACAUCCAGUUGCUGUGGGAGCUGAUGCUCUUGGGGGAGCCCCUUGUGGUCAUGGCACCAUCUCCAACCGUCUCUUCAGAACUGGUUUUGGCCCUGACAAGCUGUCUGAGCCCUCUCAAGUUCUGUGGUGACUACCGGCCCUACUUCACCAUCCAUGACAGCGAGUUCAAGGAAUACACCACCCGGACCCAGGCCCCACCCAAUGUUGUCCUAGGAGUCACAAAUCCUUUCUUUAUCAAAACACUUCAGCACUGGCCUCACAUCCUCCGGAUUGGAGAGCUCAAAAUGUCGGGGGACCUCCCCAAACAAAUCAAGAUGAAGAAGCUCACCAAGCUGAAGACCCUAGACACCAAGCCAGGGCUCUACACGGCCUAUAAAACCUACCUGCACAAGGACAAAACGCUCGUUAAGAGGCUGUUGAAGGGCAUCCAAAGGAAGCGUCCUUCUGAGGCACAGAGUGCCCUGGUUCGGCGGCACCUCCUUGAGCUCACCCAGAGUUUCAUCAUCCCCCUGGAACACUACAUGGCAAGCCUGAUGCCCCUUCAGAGGGCAGUCACUCCCUGGAAAACUCCUCCCCAGAUCCGUCCUUUCCGCCAAGAUGACUUCCUGAAGACCCUGGAGCAUGCUGGACCCCAGCUCACCUGCAUCCUCAAGGGUGAUUGGCUAGGCCUGUACAGGCGUUUUUUCAAGUCUCCUAAUUUUGAUGGCUGGUACCGACAGCGGCACAAGGAGAUGACCCAGAAGCUGGAGGCCCUGCACCUGGAGGUGAUCUGUGAGGCGAACAUCCUGACCUGGAUGAAAGACAAGUCUGAGGUGGAAAUUGUUGACCUUGUCCUGAAGCUUCGCGAGAAGCUGAUCCAAGCUCAAGCCCACCAGCUCCCAGUGAAGGAGGAGACGCUGCAGCGGGUGGGCCUGUAUAUUGACACUGUCAUUGGCUCCCUACCUGAUGACCUGCAAGCUGUCCUGCGGCACCCCUGACAUCACCCUGCUGCUCUGGCUUCCAGAGACCCCGGUUGGGAAAAGGAGGAGGAAUAGAGGUUGCCCGGUCCUGCCAAGCGGUCUUGGCCCCUGUCAGUAGUAUUAAGGCCUUGGCCCCUCUGAGCUCCGGGCUGGGAGGGCGGGGAGGGGGCCCCAGGAGGCUGGGCUGAGCAGAGGGAAACGGGUAGUAGUGCUUGUGGCUUCUCCUUGCAGCCACAUCUUGCUCCCUUGGGGGCUGGGCCUCCAGCCCAUUCUUUCCCUUUCCCUCAUCACAACUGCCUCAGGCCCCUGGGCCCUGGGAAAGGCCCAUGGAGUCAGGGAGGUUUGGCCUCUAGGAGAGGCAGCCCUGGCCCCAGUCUGUCAGAGCAGGUUGUGCCAGCCGCUCCUCUAAAGCACCACAGUCCCAGAGAGCCUGAACCCUGACAAUUGCCAGGAGAAUGAGGUGGCAGAACAGCUGGCCCCUUCCCUGGGGCUCUGCCUAGGACUCUUCCAAGUUCACAGCCUCCCCAGGAGAAGGUCCCUGCUAGAGCCAAGGUGAAGGGCCGGGGGUCAGCCAGGCCCUUGGCUUUCCUUCUCACAGUUUAAAGCAGGGAGCUCCAACCAAGCACAAAGUGACCCCCUUUGCCCCUUCCCCUUGGACCAGGCAGUCCUUCCUAGGCCCCUCCUGCAGCCCUACCACCCUCCCCCUCUUGUUAAGGGCCAGGCCCAGCAGGGGCAAGGUGGCAGCAGCUGGCCCUGCUUGUCCAUCUCACCUGAGGGCCCUGGCCGUGUCUCCAGCUGGCUCCUGGAGUCUUCCUGUGGGCCUUGAUACUGAAGCCAUCAAUCUGUCUCAUAGUAAAGAAGAUUGUUUUAAA